AUGAAGAAAGACGCAAUACGUAAGAAAUUGGCUGAAUAUCUUAAAAGAGCUGAACAAUUAAAAGAAUAUUUGAGUGAGGCCGAGGACAAACGACAAACGAAAGCGAUUAGCGCUAAUGGUCCCGAGAAAGGAAGCAAGACCAAGAGCAAGAAGACCGGAUCCAGUGAUGACGACGAGGAGGAUCCCGAAGUAAAGAAGUUACGAGGGGCAUUGGCGGGUGCAAUUCUGAGUGAAAAGCCAAAUGUAAGGUGGGACGAUGUGGCUGGAUUGGCAAAGGCUAAAGAAGCUUUGCAGCAGGCAGUGAUUUUACCUAUUAAAUUUCCUAAUUUAUUUACUGGCAAAAGGAAACCAUGGUCAGGGAUCCUGCUGUACGGACCUCCCGGUACUGGCAAGACGCAUCUUGCAAAAGCUGUUGCCACUGAAGCUAAUGCUACCUUCUUUUCGGUAUCAUCGUCUGAUUUGGUGUCUAAAUGGAUGGGCGAAAGUGAGCGAUUGGUGAAGAACUUGUUUGCCAUGGCACGCGAAUCUAAACCAGCGAUUAUAUUUAUUGAUGAGAUUGAUGCUUUAUGUGGACAGCGUGGCGAUGGGGAGAGUGAAGCAAGUCGAAGAAUCAAAACCGAGUUUUUAGUUCAGAUGAAUGGCGCUACAAGUGAUUCUUCCGGUAUUCUCGUGUUGGGAGCGACGAAUAUUCCAUGGCAAUUAGAUUCUGCUAUAAGAAGACGGUUCGAGAAACGCAUUUACAUACCGCUCCCUGAAGAGACUGCAAGACUUUGCAUGUUUCAAUUGAAUAUGGGGGACACUCGAACUGAUAUAAGAAUGGAAGAUUAUGUACACCUCGCUAAGAAUUGCGAAGGAUACUCUGGAUCUGAUAUCGCAGUGCUUGUGCGGGAUGCUCUGAUGCGACCAAUUAACAAAGUUCAGGAAGCAGAGCACUUCAAACGAGUCAGGGCUCCAUCCAGAGAGGACAAGGAUGUAAUGAAAGAGUAUUGGGAGCCGUGCUCAAUUGGGGAUCCCGAAGCACAGAGAAUGGAUCUGGAUAAAAUUGACCCGGACGAGUUAAUAGAGCCUCACGUCACCAGGGAUGAUUUCACGUUGGCUUUACAUAAUAUUAGGCCAACAGUUAAUAAGGAUGAUUUAGAAAAAUAUGAUGAAUGGACACAGAAUUUUGGAAUGGAAGGAUGA